AUGCGAGAUCCCGACUUUGGUGUGACCGGCGUUAACGAGCAAGAUGUUAUACAUGCUAAUAAGAACGACUUGGCCAAAAUUUUCCGCAUCACGACAAGUCAGAUUCAAGGCUCAUCCAUGACAGAUGAAAGUACCAUGACAAGGCAGUAUACAUUGUUGAUGGCAGAUAGCCAGGAGGAAAGAAAGAAAUGGGUAAUUGCCUUGAAUGAGCUCAAAACUCUGCUCAAAAGGUCUCGAUUAGCCGACAGGAGUGCCUUCACCGUAAAGGAAGUGUUCGACGUGGCCAGUUUACCAUCAAUACGAGUAGCACAAUGUGCAGUGGUUAUUGAUCGGACAAAAGUGGUGAUCGGCUUUGCCGACGUCGGCAUGUACUGCGUGGAAUUGGAUCGUGAGACGCUUGUGGCUGUUGGCGGCGAGAAAGAGAACAAAGGCCGAUUUGUCGAAAAAGUGGAAUUCAACGCUUCGGAGCAGCUGCUUUUGGUCAUGGUUGGCCCUCCAAAGGAACGCCAUGUCCGGCUAGUCCCGUCGGCUGCACUAGAUGGGCGUGACCUGAAAUGGAUCAAGGUUGCUGACACGAAGGGCUGUCAUUUGAUGGCGAUGGGCGCUGGUUCGAUGGCUGGCACGGCUUCUGCUGGUCCAGCUGGAAACGUUCACUAUAUCGCAGUUGCAAUAAAGAAGAGCGUGAUCGUGUAUCAGAUCGACAGAAGUGAAAAGAGACACAAGAAGUGGAAGGAGUUGGCUAUGCCGGGUUUCCCGCAGUCACUGGCAAUCGAAGGUGGUCGACUAGUCGUUGGUUUUACCCAUUCGUUCCGUGCGUGGGCCUUGGGAGAUCAGAGCAACACGAAACAUAUUUGUAUGUUUGCUUAUUUAUUUAUUUACUUCCCAUCCUGUUCAGGAAACCGUUUGCAAAUGAUAUGGGAAUAA